AUCAGGCGCCCGAAGACCGACACGCCGAACAUGCGCCGCGCGCACUCGCGCACGAGUGAGAUCAUCGCGCCCGGGUCGUGAGUGCGCUCACACGCAGCCUGAGACUCGACGGGAGGGGGUCACGUGGAAGUAUCUGGGAGAGGCGGACUUGGCCACUAGGAAAGUGCCUCUCCCUUUCCAAAAAUGCUCCGGAAGUGCCUUCGCCCUCAGUAAAGAUGGCCGGGGCAGUCGGCAUGAGGGAGGCGGGGAUGCGCCUGCGCAACAAGUUCGGCGGGGAAGAUGGCGGAUGACAAGGAUUCUCUGCCUAAGCUUAAGGACCUGGCAUUUCUCAAGAACCAGCUGGAACGCCUGCAGCGGCGUGUAGAAGACGAAGUCAGCAGUGGAGUGGACCAGGAUGGCUCACUGUUGUCCUCCCCGUUCCUCAAGGGAUUCCUGGCUGGCUAUGUGGUGGCCAAACUGAGGGCAUCAGCAGUAUUGGGCUUUGCUGUGGGCACCUGCACUGGCAUCUAUGCGGCUCAGGCAUAUGCUGUGCCCAACGUGGAGAAGACAUUAAGGGACUAUUUGCAGUCACUACGCAAAGGGCCCGACUAGCUCUAGGUGCCAUGGAAGAGGCAGGAUGAGCAGCUCGGCAUUCAGGUGGAGACACUUUAUCUGGAUUCCCCAGCUGUCAUCCAUUUGCUAUCUCCAGCUUUCCUGCCACCUUCAUCCUGGCCUCCCUUCCUGCAGAUUGUGGACAGUAGUUCCUCAGCCUGCACCCUGGAUUCCUUCUUCCCCUUCCUAACUCCAUGGGACUAGCCCCAAGACUGUGGCUUCAAGGACCACCAGCCCCUUACUCUUCAAGCCCUGACUGUGGAGUUGGUAGAUGCCUCUGAUCCUCAGUAUUCUCUCUGGCGGUGUUCCACAGCUCCUCCUUCCUGGGAGCUGGCUCCAUAACUUGAUUUUCCCCAAACGUGUUGCAAUCCCUGCUGCCCCUUAGCCACCCAGGGUCUUGUGUGGGUAUGAGUGUAGAGGAUGGGGGUAUGCCAGGCCUGGGCCGUCCCGGGCAGGCUCGCUGGACCCUGAUGCUACUCCUAUCCACUGCCAUGUAUGGUGCCCAUGCCCCAUUGCUGGCACUGUGCCAUGUGGACGGCCGAGUGCCCUUCCGGCCCUCCUCAGCCGUGCUGCUGACUGAGCUGACCAAGCUACUGUUAUGCACCUUCUCCCUUCUGGUAGGCUGGCAAGCAUGGCCCCAGGGGGCCCCACCCUGGCGCCAGGCUGCUCCCUUUGCACUAUCAGCCCUGCUCUAUGGCGCUAACAACAACCUGGUGAUCUAUCUUCAGCGUUACAUGGACCCCAGCACCUACCAGGUGCUGAGUAAUCUCAAGAUUGGAAGCACAGCUGUGCUCUACUGCCUCUGCCUCCGGCACCGCCUCUCUGUGCGUCAGGGGUUAGCGCUGCUGCUGCUGAUGGCUGCGGGGGCCUGCUAUGCAGCAGGCGGCCUUCAAGUUCCCGGGAACACCCUUCCCAGUCCCCCUCCAGCAGCUGCUGCCAGCCCCAUGCCCCUGCAUAUCACUCCGCUAGGCCUGCUGCUCCUCAUCCUGUACUGCCUCAUCUCAGGCUUGUCUUCAGUGUACACAGAGCUGCUCAUGAAGCGACAGCGGCUGCCCCUGGCACUUCAGAACCUCUUCCUCUACACUUUUGGUGUGCUCCUGAAUCUAGGUCUGCAUGCUGGCGGCGGCCCCGGCCCAGGCCUUCUGGAAGGUUUCUCAGGAUGGGCAGCACUCGUGGUGCUGAGCCAGGCACUAAAUGGACUGCUCAUGUCCGCUGUCUUGAAGCAUGGCAGCAGCAUCACACGCCUCUUUGUGGUGUCCUGCUCACUGGUGGUCAACGCCGUGCUCUCAGCAGUCCUGCUACGGCUGCAGCUCACAGCCGCCUUCUUCCUGGCCACAUUGCUCAUUGGCCUGGCCAUGCGCCUGUACUAUGGCAGCCGCUAGUCCCUGACAACUUCCACCCUGAUUCCAGACUCUGUAGAUUGGGCGCCACCACCAGAUCCUCCUCCCAGGCUUUCCUCCCCCUCCCAUCAGCAGCCCUGUAACAAGUGCCUUGUGAGAAAAGCUGGAGAAGUGAGGGCAGCCAGGUUAUUCUCUGGAGAUCGGUGGAUGAAGGGUUACCCCUAGGAGAUUUGAAAAGUGGAUUUGGUUAAGGAAAUGCUUACCAUCCCCCACCCCCAACCAAGUUCUUCCAGACUGAAGAAUUAAGGUAACAUCAAUACCUAGGCCUGAGAAAUGACCCCAUCCUUGUUGGGCAGCUCCCUGCCUUGUCCUGCAUGAACAGAGUUGAUGAAAGUGGGGUGUGGGCAACAAGUGGCUUUCCUUGCCUACUUUAGUCACCCAGCAGAGCCACUGGAGCUGGCUAGUCCAGCCCAGCCAUGGUGCAUGACUCUUCCAUAAGGGAUCCUCACCCUUCCACUUUCAUGCAAGAAGGCCCAGUUGCCACAGAUUAUACAACCAUUACCCCAGCCACUCUGACAGUCUCCCCCAGUUCCAGCAAUGCCUAGAGACAUGCUCCCUGCGCUUUCUACAGUGCUGCUCCCCACACCUAGCCUUUGUUCUGGAAACCCCAGAGAGGGCUGGCUGGGCUUGACUCAUCUCAGGGAAUGUAGCCCCUGGGCCCUGGCUUAAGCUGACACUGCUGACCUCUCUGUUCACCCUGAGGGCCAUCUUGAAGCCUGCUACCCACUCUGAGGCUCCUAGGAGGUACCAUGCUUCCCACUCUGGGGCCUGCCCCUGCCUAGCAGUCUCCCAGCUCCCAACAGCCUGGGGAAGCUCUGCACAGAGUGACCUGAGACCAGGUACAGGAAACCUGUAGCUCAAUCAGUGUCUCUAACUGCAUAAGCAAUACGGUCUUAAUAAAGUCUUCUAGGCUGUAGGGUGGUUCCUACAACCACAGCCA